AAUUUUGUGACAGUUGACGUUUACCUAACCUCAAACCCGCAAUAACAAACACGUGCGUUUCGAAACCGAAAAUAAAACACACAAAAUGGCAAAGUUCCGAAGCAAAUUGAAAGGCCAAACGAAAGGGAAACGUUGGCCGAAAGGACAGAGUUCCGUGUCAAAUCCCGAAACACGCAAACACAGAGAUCUGGCCAAGAACCGCUUCUUCCAAGAAAAUUUGGGUCCCAACUCUUUGACGUCCGAUGCUUUGAGGAAACACGACGCGGUACAAUCGUUUCUGCCGAAAAAUGAGGCGCAAAUGGAGGAGGAUGUUGAGUCUUCGGUGGCGAGUGGCAGCUCUUACAGAACCAUGCAGACGUUCGCUUCGGAGUGGUCCGAGUGCAGUAACAUGUCCUUUAAUAGGUUCUUGAAGGUUUUCAGGUCGGACUCGGCGUUGCAUAAAGAAAUGUUGGCCGUUUUGGCUGCUAUAACUGAUGUUAUUAAGGAAAACGGAGGGACUGAAAGCUCCACUGAAUACUUUUGUGCCUUGCUGACGACACUGGAACAGGUCUACAAUGUGGAGGACAAAAAUGAAAGUCAAGUAACGGCAGUCUUGUCACUGAUAAGUAUGGGCAUUAAGACAGUACCGGAAGGUGUACUGAGGAAAAACUUUGAGGAUGUCACAGUGAAAAUGUUGCACAUUCUCAAUGACUAUGUAAAUUCAGAUAAUAAUCAAAUUAUUAAGGCUGUGUUUAAUAUCCUGUCUGUUUUACUAAAAACACAAGAAUUGGCUGCUUGGUCCCAUGGAUCAACAAAUAAUAUAUUCAAGGCUUUAGUUAACCCAUUUUCCAUCCAUUCAAAGCCAAAGUGGAGGAAAGCAGCCCAACAGUCUAUAAUAAACACACUGUGCUCAGAUAGCUUCAAAAAUAGCACAAAUGUAGCGGCAAAUUCAGUUGCUGAAUUCUGUGAGGACACCCUGAACACAUGUAUUGGGAGCACAGCAGGAACAGUGUCUGUUGCCAGCCUACAAACUGGCCAAACCACUAUUUUACAUGUGCUGGGUUUGAUGAAGGACUGCAUCUCAUUCUUCAGUGUCAACCACAUCAAAAAAUGUUGUGAGUGCAUACUGAGGCUUUUGACGUUAAAUUAUCCGAUUGUGACUUCGUGUGGCCUCCAAGUCAUCCAUAAUUUAUUCUCCAGUCAAUCAGCAGUCGUACCUGGACAACUCAACGCCCAAAUCAUUACUGCUCUCUAUGAGUAUCAACCUGCAGCAACUGACGUUCAACCAACACUAGCCUGGUUGGCUGUCAUGCAACAGGCUCAUGUCCACCUAUCUGACGUUGAUAUUUCUUUGUCAACGAUGGCGCUACCGAAGAUAUUCAGUACAGUCACACAACUGUGGCUUUCAGAGAAGGCUGAAGUCAUAACUUCCGCCACACACGCCCUAGAAGUGCUGUUAAAAGACGCAGUAGCUCCAGUUUGCCAGAACCCAGACUUGGUCUCACAGCACAAAUCCAAAUUGGAGAAGUGCUUCAACACAAUUCAAUUGGGGCUUGGUUAUCAAUUCAACAGUGCCUGGCACCAAGUUUUGCACGUAAUCAGCGUAAUGUUUGAGGCUGCAGGUGCAAAUUGUAGCGACUUAAUGCUGGGCACCCUAAAAUCGCUGACGGAACUCAGAGACUCGUACAAGUUCAGCUACAACAACGAACUGGAACACGCCGUCGGAUCAGCCAUCAGAGCUUUGGGACCUGAAACUGUUCUCAGUGUCAUCACCUUAAAAAAAGAAAAUGGGGACCUGAACAUCGACAGGUCGUGGCUGUUGCCGGUGCUCAAGGAGAACAUCAAGACGGCCACCUUAGAGUACUUCAUUAAGGGUAUUUUGCCCCUGGCCCUGUUCUGUCAGAGGCGUUCGGCCGAGUUGGCUCAGAAGAACGACGGAAUCGGAGCCCACAGUUCCGAAUUGCUGUACUUGCAGCUUUGGAACUUACUGCCCUGCUUUUGUACUCGUCCUACUGAUAUUAAAACUGAAUUCAAAUCCAUUGCCAAAGUUUUGGGGACGGCCAUUUCAGACAAGAAGGAACUGAGGCUGGCAGUAAUGGCAGCUUUAAGGAAGCUGAUCAUGAGCGCCAAAGCCAACGAAUCCGCCGAGGACUUGGCCGAAAUAGCCAGAUUCGACAAAAACUACUUGCCCAUCUUGUUCAACGUCUACACCACAAAGCCGAUUGGAAGCGACGAAGAGGGACAACGGUUGGCCGCGUUGGACACCAUUAAGGUGUACUUGUCGGUGGCGAGACCGGAGCUGACCCAGAGCCUCUUCACGACGGCCCUCCAACGUCUGAACAGCUCGUCCGAAGACCCCGAAGACUCGUUCAUCAAGGAGAGCAUCCUGGACUUGAUCCGGGCUUUGGUCCCCUAUCAAAACGCCGACAACAUCAACCUGCUCUACGAGCAGUGCGUCAAACACCUACCCGAAAUCACCAACAACAAGGAACAGAAAAAGGCCUACAGGAUUUUGGAGGAGAUUUGCGGCAGCGACUCCGAAGGUUGCAAGGAGUUCGUCAAGUCGCACCGCAAGGACGUGCAAAAGCUCCUAAUCAAAUCGCUAAACAGCGCCGCCGUUUCGAGCAAAGGCAGCCGACUGAGGUGUCUCAACUACUUGCUGAAGGCCCAGCCUCAACUGGACCACGAGAGCAAACUAAUCCGCUCCGUUGUCCCCGAGGCUGUCUUGUGUUGCAAAGACAUAAACGAGAAGUGCAGGUCGAUGGCUUACUCACUCUUGAACACUGUAGGCGAAAUACUGAUGAGCCACGACCAGUUGAACCAGUUCUUGGCGCUGCUGGUUGCGGGGCUGGCCGGGCCUGCGCAGCUCAUGAGUUGCACCGUUUUGGCUUUGGCGUCGGUGCUGCAUCAGUUUUCUGGCGCCUUGGGCCAGGAAAACAUCAAGACUUUGUUGGAGAACGUCUGCUUACUCUCAACGUCCCCAACUAGGGAAGUGGUGGCUUCAUCUCUUAGUUUUAUCAAGGUGUACACCAAAUGCUUGCCCAGUCCGGUGGUGGCUGCUUCUCUACCCACGAUUAUGAAAGCGCUGGUGGAAAUGACGGAGGACUGCAAAAGGCACUUCAGAUUGAAAGUGCGCGACAUCCUGGACCGACUGAUCCGCAAGUACGGUUGCGAUUCCUUGACGCCGCACGUCCCGCCUUCGGACGCCGUUAUGUACAAGCGGCUCAGGAAUCUCAGGAAGUUGAACGCACGUAAGAAGAAGAUGAAGGAGGAACAGAAGGACGAGGAUGGCAGCGACGACGACGAGGAGUUCAUGGUCAAGGGCAAGCUCAACAACGUGGACGACAUUCUGGCCGACUCGGACUCCGAAUUUGAAGACAUGGACGUGGAUCAACCCAAACAGAAGGCGAAGAGCAAGAAGGUUAACACUUGGAUCGAGGAAGAUCCGGAGUCCAUCGUCGACUUUACCGAUCCAAAUGUCACUAGUAAAAUCACAGCUACAAAGCCAGGCCAAGAAAUUAAACCGACGGUUGAAAAGAAGGUGGAAAAAGACAGAGGUUUCAAAACUGCUUCAGAUGGUAGACUUAUCAUUAAAGACGAUAGUUCAGAUGACAGUGACACAGGAAAGAAGGACAAAUUUAAUUUUGAUGACUCAGAUUCAGAUGAUAACCAAAGUAUAGCUGAAACUUUGAUGCUAUCCAAUAAGAAACGCAAAAGGGGCACAGAAAGUGUCAAAAGUGGAUUCAGUACGGCAUCAUCACAACCACUUAACAAGUAUAAACAUGGUGGCGUUGGAAUUCACAGAUCUUUGGAUUCAGGAUCAGUUGCAGGAAGUGAGUACAGAUCUAAAAAAGCUUCUGGUGAUGUAAAGAAAAAGGGCAAAGUUGAUCCUUAUGCGUAUUUGCCUUUAAAAAGAACAGCACUAAACAAAAGACUGAAGAGAAAAUCUGGAGGGCAAUUUAAGAGCAUCAUCAAGGGCGCCAAAGCAGGAGCUUUGAAAGGUGCAAAGGCGAAGAAACAUAUGAAAUUGAAUAAAUAAAGAUUAUUUAUUUAUUUAUGUUGUUAUAUAUUUGAAAAUAAGAUUAAAUUGAAGUUUAAUUAUUAAAAUGAAAUUUCUAGUAAUACAUUUAAGUAUAUUUAAUUUGUAUAAAUAAAACUCGAUAGUUUUAAUUCUUUUGUUACAAAUAAAAUUGAAUAAAUAUAAAAUCAAA